AUGAUUCAUGUUUUCAAUAGUCCUGUCGAAUGUUCCACAAUGUCAGAAUUUCAGAAAAGUAAAGACAGCAAUGAUUUAUUCGAUGGCAAUAAUUUGAACAAACGAAAAAUCACUUAUUAUAAAGAUGGGAGAAAAAUGGUGGAUGGGAAGAUUGAAGUGGAGCAAAAUCCAACUGAUCUCUGGACAUCGGCAUUGACUCGAUCAGUUGCCAAUGAAUUCAAAGGACUUUCUAAUUUAAAAUUAUUUUCAGUGGCUUAUUUGAACAACGCCUAUCGGAUGCAACCAAAGAAAUUUUAUAUCUAUAUAUUAUUAGCCAUUAACGCUUUACUUUUGUUGAUUGCUUUCUGUUGUAAAAUUUUCUGUUAA